AUGGCGAGCUACAACGGGUCCGCCGGUCAAAAUGACCAUCUGCGUGAUAUGCUUGCGCGCCUGCAACAAGGACGCAGCACCGGCAGCUCGGGCGACGAUGCCACUUCCCACAACAAUCCUCUCUCCCGUUUCGCAACCCUGAACCAGGCUGCUCAGUCCCAUGGCGACUACUAUGGUUCUGGCGCUCCUGGUCACCACUCGGGCCAAGAAUCACCUCUCAUGGCAGGAUCGGAAGAUUUUGCACUCCCAGCUGCACCCACUCCUCCAAUGAACCAUUUUUCGCAUUCUCACGGCCCUCCCGGCCUGAAUCUUGGUCCAAUUGGCACUCUCCCUCCUUCUGGUAAUCAGCCUGAGCAGACAGUCAACCUGCUGAGUCUUCUCAAGUACAAGAACGGUGGCGAGAACGGCGGCGCUACUGGCGGAGGUAGCUCACAGUCCUCAAUUCACUCGUUGCGAACCUCGCAGACUGCGGCUCCCGGUCCCCCCUCCAUCGAUUACGACGCCGCUGGUCACCUGCCUCAGGCCCAUAUUCCGACCUUGCAUGCCCCCGUUCCGAUGCCGGCCGACCCUCAAGGAUUUCUGGCGUCGCUCAUGAAGGGUGACGCUCACCAUGAAUCGUCGAGACAGGAAGGACAGCCAACGCACGCGGCAAACAAGUGGAAUUCUGCCCCCGGCCCUACGGACGACACGCAGGCCUAUCUCCUCAACCUGCUGCAGCGCAAGAAGCCUUCCCAAACGGACCAGCCCUCGACCACCGAGUCUUCUCAGCCUGCUGCGCUGACGCCACCCUCCACUACUCACGGCUCAUCCCGCGACUUGACAAGAGAUCUGCAGGGAAGCGAAUCUCCGGAUGAGGUAGCCGCUCAGGUUGUGCCGCUGCCUCAGUCCGACAAUGCUACGCCUAUGAGUUUCCCCUUCCUAGGCCAUCAGAAUCCCGCCUCGUCGCCUCCGAGCAAGACCGACUACGCUUCGCCUGCUUCGCAGAACGGCAUGGCCCGAAAGACCAUGUUCGAUUACAAGGACCCAUUCGAUGACCUCAUCGAUGUACCCUCUCCCCAUAACAGAACCCCCAAAUCUGUUACAUCAAGUCAUAUUGGCUCCGGUGCUCUUCCACCCAGUUUCCAGAUUCUCAAGAAGGCCCCCAGUGCUACUUCUUCACCUGGCGGUUCCGAAUCAAAGCACCAUGCUCACGAGAGCUCCGCAAUGGCUUCGGAACAUACUAGCAAGUCGUCGCGUGCCCAUCACAACGAUUCGCUUGAUACCCAGAAGGAAACGGUCUCGGCCGCUAUUGAGAACCUUGCCGGAGUUGCCGACGAAGAGGCACAAGAGGCUUUGGCUCGCGCCGAGCACGAGGAGACACAGGCUAGGAUGGAGCGCGAGCUGGGAGAUAUGAUGGCAGCCAAGAGCGACGACGAUGAAACAUUCGAGCGCGCCAAAGGCAUCAUCGCCCGCGAUCUUCAACAGGAGCUGGAAAAGCCCAAGAAUGCUGGUGUUCUCGAGGAUACUCUCCCGCCGGAGCUUGCACGAGCUGUUCACGAUAUCAUCGAUGAGGCCGCCAACGAUCAGCCCAUCGCCGAUAGCUGGGAGAGCGCCGAAGCUGAUGAGAUUGUCGUCAUUGAGGAGAUUUCGUCUCCAGUUAAGGUCUACAACUUCCCAAUGAAGCCUUGGAUCUCCAUCAGUCUGCAAGACAAUGACGAGCCUCGGCCGCAGUUCCGGGAUGAGGUCAUUCUGGAUAUCGCCCGUGUGAAGAAAGAGUUUGAUCAAAUCGAUCGUAAUCUCGUUUCUGCAACACAGACGUACAUCAUUUAUGGAAUGUCCAAGGCUGGCGGUCUCCGUGUCAUUCGUCAGGAUGACGGCCGGGAUGCCAAGCUCUUUACCGACACAAAGGACCGCAUCUUCAACGUCUCCGUGUCUUCCACUCCCGCCGACCUCAACUCUGCCCACAAGGAGUCCAUCAUUGGUACCGGCAUCAGUGGUACGGUAUAUUAUACCAUGAUCAAGAAUGGAGACAAGGAUUACUUGGAUGAUGCGCAUCCCGAGCAAUAUGGAUUUGCUCUCCCGCCUGUCAGUGCUCAGGAAGGUGAUGCCCCCGGUGGUGUUCUGAAGACACGCGCCAGGACCUCCUCGGCUCAUCCAGAGUACUUUGCUGUUGGCCGUGGCAAGACGAUUAGCAUCAUCUGGCCGUCCUACAUCAUGCAACACAAUCUCUUCAAGCCCGGCCACGAUCGUUACGUUGAUACCGAAAAGCUCUCGAAACAGUGCUCGUUGAGGAUCAACACUGGUAAGGCCGGUAAGGACUUCACCUUCAGUCAAGACGAUACAACUAUUGUGUCCCUCGACAAGUCGGGCCGCGUCAAGUUUUGGGAUGUUCGAGACUUGACGGCUGCCGAUGAGAAUUCGGAUCCCAGAUUCCCAACGCCUGCGCAGACUUUCCUCGAAGUAAAGGAGCCCCUAAUGACUCUCACUACUACUCCAGAGAAUGAGAAGGCCUGGCCAACGUCUGUUCUACUGCUGGAUAAGCAACGGCCGUACCAGAAACGUUGUGCCUUGAGGUACAUGAUUGUGGGUAUGAAGCAGAACCACACCUUGCAGCUCUGGGACCUUGCCCUCGGCAAGCCGGUGCAGGAGUUCAACCUGCCUCAUUCGAAGGAGAGCGACGCGGUUUGCAGUGUGAUGUAUCAUCCGCCUACCGGUAUGAUCGUGGUCGGACAUCCCACACGAAACUCCAUCUACUUCCUCCACUUAUCGGCUCCCAAGUACCAGAUUAAGGGUCUGUCACAAGUCGACUUCAUUCAAAAACUUGUUGCCAAGGAUUCGUCUAUUCCCGAACCCGAUAGUACUGCGGUUAUUAGUGGUGUACGCGAAUAUUCUUUCGGUAACAAGGGUGUGAUUCGCAGCUUGGACAUGCUGGGGCACUCUGCCGCAAACUCUGAAGACGCCGAUGAACAGACGUUGUUUGAGUUGUAUGCGAUGCACUCCAAGGGUGUAUCCGGUAUCUGUGUUAAGCAACAUGAACUGGGUUGGACCAAGGAUAACAAGGUUGUUGCACCCGUCGAUGCUUUGGAUACAGGUGUUGUGAAGAUUAGCAAGCUGAAGGAGCUUCCCAGCAUCCAGCCUGCUGAGGUUCAGCCCGCUGAAGAUGUUUCCACCCUGCCCAUUCGCUCUGCAGGUCGCUCCGCCAAGGACAAGGAGAACAUGCAACCUACUUCUGGCGAGGAUGUGGCGCGUAAGACCGCCGAUGAAGGCUCGGGGGCUCAGAAUGAGCGAAAGACAGCCGAACUUCCUGCUACGCCCAUGAAUACAGAGAAAGCAGAACGCCGAUCCCGUAAGAAGAAGGACAAGGCAGCUGCCGCAGCUGCUGAGAGAGCGCUUGCAGAGGCCGGUGCUUCGCAGCCCUCCCAGAAGAAUGCAGAGACAAAGCCUGCACCCGCAGCCGCGCACCCUUCCAUGUCUGCCGAAUCCCUUCAAGCCGCGGUCAAACAAGUCGAGACAACUGUUGCCAACGCGAUUGAGCAGGCCAUGAGAGAGAACCGCCAAAAGGUUGACAGCGAGCUUCGCGGCCGCGAUGUUGCAUUCAAGAAGAGCCAGCAAAAUCUGCUUGACGUUGUUUCUUCUGCGCUGGACAACAACGUUCAGCGUGUCUUGACUGCCACGAUUUCAGAUCAGGUCAACCAAAGAGUGGUGCCUGCUUUGGAAGAAACUUUGCGACAGACUGUGGCGGAACAGAUCAGUCGCACGGUUUCCGAUCAGCUUGAUGCCAAGAUUGGCGGACGUGUCUCUCACGCUAUUCAGAAUCAGAUGCAGAAACUGCUGCCGAACUCCGUUGGCCUGGCGCUUCAGAAGCCUGAAUUGACCCGAGCGAUUUCGAAGCAGGUGUCUGAUGGCUUGGAGAAGGAUAUCAACAAGUCCUUCCAGCAAACGUUGCAUGAGUCUAUCAUUCCUGCUUUCAGUAACAUGGCUGUUGCUGCCGCAGAUAAAAUGAUUCUCGACAUUCAAAAGCAUGCGGCUACCCAAAUUGAAGAAUUGGAGCAGAAGAUUCGUGCUGAUAGCAACAAGAUUGAUCAAUUGACCACAAUGGUUACUCGGCUGUCUGAGAUGGUAAACACCAUGUCUAGAAACCAGGUUGAAUUCCAGUCUCGCUACGAAAAGUCUCAAGAAGAGGCUCUCCGCGAGCGUCGCCAAUCUCAGGCUCACUCCCGUAGUCACAGCCACAGCCACAGACAAGGCGCAUAUCCUCAACAGCCUCACAUUCAACCACAGUCCAGCUUUGGUGGAAGCCAAGCUUCGUCACGACAGCCUACCUAUGGCAGCCCUCUGGCUCACUCUGGAAACCAAAUGGUUGUACACGACACGGACCCGUCCAAGGAGCCGUCCUUGGAUCGGAAGCUUGCCGAUCUUGCGAACCAGGUUGACAGCGGAGAGCUCGAGGGUGCCCUGGUGAGAUGGCUGCAAUCGGACCGCAAGGAUGAGAUCUUCAACCAUCUCUUCUCAAAGCUCGAUCCUCGCAUGGUGCGCAACGUUUCUCCUCUCGUGGGUCUUGCCGUUAUUGCCGAGCUUUCCCGCGAUCUCAACAGCCGCCAUCUGCGCGAGAAGAUCAUGUGGAUGUCAUCUAUUGUUGGAGGUCUCAGCGACAGUCUGCCAAAUAUUGAUAGCCAAGUCCACGAGGUCGUCCCGAACAUUUUGGGAGCCUUCAUCAGUCAGAUGGAGACGCUUUACGGUCGCGUUAGCAUUCAGCUUCCCGGUGGUGACCCUAUCUUGCACCACAUUUCGACUACCGUCAGCAAUGCUAGGAGUAUCAUUGCCGUGGCAAGCCGUCCCAAGCUACCCGACUACUAA